GUUUGGGUUAACCCAUCUCCUCUCUCUCUCUCUUCUCUGUUUUUGCAGUGCGAGAAAUUGGGCGGAUCCACUUUUCUCUUAAAGCUUAGGGAUAAGUUUGGGGUUGCUUCCACUUUUAUAUUUUAAUAGAGAGCAGGAGAAGAGAGGAUGUCGAGUGGGCGGAACACACAUUGGUGUUAUAGAUGCAGAAGGUCGGUACAUCUUCGUGGUCGAGAUGCAGUUUGCCCCAACUGUAAUGGAGGAUUUAUCCAAGAACUUGAUGAUAUGGUGCCUAGCAACCCAUUUGAUUUCUUUGGACUGGAUCAUGAUGAAGAUCGCGGUCAAGGGCUGGGAGCAUUCUCCGCUUUUAUGAGACAACGGUUAGCAGAAAGAAACGACAUGAGGGGAAGAUCGGAGUCAGUUUUUGAGCGUAGCCCGGGAUUCGGUCCUCUGCUAAUAUUUGGUGGUCAAAUUCCAUUGAGAAACAGCAGGUUAGAAGCCCUCUUUAGUGGGGCUCCUGGCAUUGGUAUUACACGGGGCGAUAGCGGCGACUACUUCAUAGGCCCUGGACUGGAGGAGCUAUUCGAACAGCUCUCAGUAAAUGGUAAUCGUGGCCCUCCACCAGCAUCUAGAUCAUCAAUUGACGCAAUGCCAACAGUUAAGAUUACGCAACGACAUCUUCGGUCAGACUCGCAUUGUCCAGUUUGCAAAGACAAAUUCGAACUCGGGUCUGAAGCUAGGCAGAUGCCGUGUAAUCACAUGUACCACUCAGAUUGUAUCAUUCCAUGGUUGGUUCAGCACAACUCUUGCCCUGUUUGCCGCCAGGAACUGCCACCGCAGGGAAUAGGUGGCGGAGGCGGGGGUGCGGGAGGGGGCCAUAGCACCAACGGUCAAAACCGAAGUAGCAGCAGCUACAACAACAACAGCAAUGGCUCCAGGGUUAAUCCAGGAAGACGGAAUCCAUUUUCUUAUCUGUGGCCAUUUCGGUCAUCUAACUCUAGGUCCAACCAUAGCGGAGGCGGAGGCGGAGCCGGGAGCAGCGAACCGAUGAACCACCAGAUGGAGUAUCCGGGAUGGCAAUUUACUAAUUCACCAUGAAUCCAAGUUUGGAGAUUGCUUGUAGUAAAAAAAAUGGUUCAAGAUUGUCUCUAAGACCUUGAAGAAGGUACACAGGCUGUUGUAUAUUUUUUUUGUGGAAAUUUUUACCAUGUAAAUGACCUUAUUGUAGCUGCUUAUUGCUUCUGCUGUUGUUUCCUUCGUUUUCCAAGUUCAAGAAAAGAUGACACAUCAAUUAGUGUAAAAUGGGGAAAAUAUUUUACUGCCUCUUGUUGGAGUGCUUCGUUU